AUGGCAUUCUUUCCAUUUGGCGGUUCGGCAGCGAACCAGACAGUUAAUCCCCAAAAUGUUGCCAUAGUGGAACAAGAAAUGGAGAUGAUAACCGACACCUAUCAUCGUAUAGUGGAUUCUUGUUAUAAGAAAUGUAUACCACCCAAAUACAUCGAACCAGAGCUAAACAAAGGCGAAUCAGUAUGUAUCGACAGAUGUGUUGCCAAGUUCUGGGAUGUUUAUACAAAAAUCAGUGAAUCUGUCGCCAAGAAGGGGCAGCAACAACAGGCCGCUGGGGGAGGAUUCGGGAUGAUGUGA